GCCCGGCGGCGGGGGCGCGCGGGCGAUGAGGUCCGGCGGAGCGCUGCCCGCCACGGCCGGCCUCGCUUCACAGGCUGCAAAGAAUCUUGUAGCUAUGGCCGCGGCACCUUCAGCCCCUGCUUUCGGGGCAUUCGCUGCAAAUACACCUUCUGGAGCAGGAAUUUCAAGUGCGGCAAGGGAGGAAGGACGUGUUCUUGGUACUGCUAGUGCACCCCAGUACACAGUAGAGAAGGACCUACUUAAAAAGCAGCUUCUGCGUACCAUCUCUGCCCUUACAGUUACUGGCUUUGCCAUAUAUGGCGUUAAGGUUAUGCUUGAUAGUGCCAUAGACACCAAAGUUAGCAAAUUCGAUGGUUUGAAAGAAGUAUUAGCCACAGAUUUAAGCACAAGAUUUAGUGAUGUAAAGGGGGUUGAUGAAGCCAAAGCUGAGCUCGAAGACAUAGUUCACUACCUACGAGAUCCCGAUAGUUUCAAACGCCUUGGUGGCAAGCUUCCAAAGGGUGUUUUGCUUGUGGGCCAACCUGGCACAGGGAAGACAAUGCUAGCAAGGUCGGUAGCUGGGGAAGCCGGCGUCCCUUUCUUCUCGUGCAGUGGCAGUGAUUUCGAAGAGAUGUAUGUUGGCGUUGGUGCUAGGAGAGUGAGGGAGCUCUUCAGAGCAGCAAAGAAGCGAUCUCCUUGCAUAGUGUUUAUCGAUGAAAUAGAUGCAAUUGGUGGGCGCAGAGACGCUGAAGGUUUAACGUCACAGAAGCCGGCUCUGAACCAGCUGCUUGUUGAGAUGGAUGGCUUCAAGCAGAAUGACGGGAUUAUUGUGAUCGCAGCAACGACCUUGCCGCAGUCACUAGAUAGCGCUCUUGUCAGGCCUGGACGUUUUGACUGUCAAGUUCAUGUUUCGGUUCCAGAUGUUGAGGGCCGCCGACAGAUCCUCGAGGCUUACAUGUCAAAGGUGAGUAAAUCCAAGGAUGUGGAUGCGAUGACCAUCGCAAGGGGGACGCCUGGGUUCUCAGGUGCAGCCCUUGCAAACCUAGUGAACACUGCCGCUCUUAAGGCUUCCAGGGAUGGGGCAAAUGCUGUUGGGAUGGGUCACCUUGAGUACGCCAUGGACAGGAUCAUCAUGGGCAGGGAGCGCAAGUCGAUGGCGAUAUCCGAUCUAUCAAAGAAGAGGACUGCAUACCACGAGGCUGGGCACGCCCUUGUUGCUAUCCUCACGGACGGUGCUAACACUGUCCACAAGGCCACCAUCGUGCCUAUUGGAAAUGCUCUCGGCAAGGUGACGCAGCUGCCAGGGGAAGACAGCCACCUCACAAGGAAGCAGAUGCUGGCGAGGCUCGACGUCGCCAUGGGAGGACGGGUGGCCGAUGAGCUUAUAUUUGGAGAAGCAGGGAUCACCACUGGUGCCUCAUCUGACCUAGGCAAGGCAACUCGAUAUGCGAAAGACAUGGUCGUCAGGUAUGGUAUGAGCAAGCGGGUCGGCCUUGUUACCUAUGGCAAUGACACCAAUGCUGCCCGUGGCAAAGCGAUGGCCAUGAGCGGGCGGACGAUAGGUCUGGUUGAUGAGGAGGUAAAAGCAUUAUUGGACAACGCUUACAGGAAAGCGAAAAAGAUUCUCACGGAGCACAACAAGGAGUUCCAUGCGCUAGCAAAUGCCCUCCUGGAGCAUGAAACUCUCACUGGUGACCAGAUCAAGAAACUAGUUUUGACAGGACGGCAAGGAGUUGGCCGUAGCAGCAGCCAGCAAAAUCAGGGAACACCUUCUCUCACUGGUGACCAGAUCAAGAAACGAGUUUCGACAGGACGACAAGGAGAUGGUCGUAGCAACAGCCAGCAAAAUCAGGGAACACCUUCUCUCACUGGUGACCAGAUCAAGAAACUAGUAUCACCAGACCAACAAGUAGAUGGUGGUAACAAUAGCGAUCAGGGAACGUCUUCUCUCUCUGGGGACGAGAGCACCAAAUCAAUGUCAACAGAAGAACAAGGAGAUGGUCCUAGCAGCAGCCAGCAUAAUGAGGGAGCACCGUCUAUCACUGGUGAGGAGGCCACAAAACUAGUUUCGACAGAACAACAAGCAGAUAGUUAUAGCGGUAGCCAGGAGGAUGAGGGAACACCUUCUCUCACGCGCAACGAGGGCGCCAACCAGUGAGGAGAUCAGGAAACGGGUGCUCGCGAUGAGAGCGGCAAACCAGUGACGAGAUCAAGGAACGGGCGUCGACGCAACAAGUAGAUGAUGCUAACAAUGGGUCAGCAGGAUGAGGGAACACCUUCUUCGCCGUAGCUGCCGAGACGCUUACAGGAAGGAGUAUUCUUUUUGCUGAUACUUUUGUUGCAUGCAGACGGAAUGCAGAGAGCGGUUUGUUUCUGAAGUCCGAAGUAUUGGAACUGGGCAUGUGUAAAUGCAAUUAGGCGCUUCUUUCACCAGCUGCAAAACAAUGCAAUUUCAUACAUUUUCACCAGCUGCAAAACAUGAUAAAAAUACCAUUAGGUGCUUCCGUAAACGCAAAAUCCUCUGUUUUCUUCUUUCA